UGAUGACGCAGCUCAUGUAAAUGAUGGAACGCCUCCUCCUCAGAUUCGCGGGAAAAGUGAAAAAUGGCGACGGUAGAAGUUUGAAGCUUUGCGCCGUGAACCAGAGACAGAGACAGACAGGCAGAGAGAGAGACAGGCAGAGGACACGGAGACACAGACAGACACACGGUCUCUCUGUCCGACCUGUCUAACGGAGCAGCCGCCUGUCUGUCUUCAUCUGUCGGUGGGCCGGAGACCGGAGACCGGAGGACACAGCCCGGGGCAGUGAAGGAUGUUUGAGGACCUGAUAGAAGCCUUCUGUGGUCUGGAGCCUCAGACGUCUCCAGGGGGGGCGGCAGGUCGGAGGGGGCGUGGCCUGGAGGACGAUGAGGGGGCGGGGUCCAGUCUGAGUGUGGGACAGUUUGUCCUCUGUCAUUGGUCAGAUGGACUCUACUACCUGGGCAAGAUACAGAGGGUGAGCCCCCCGAGGCAGAGCUGCUUUGUCACAUUUGAGGACAACUCCAAGUUCUGGGUCCUCUGGAAGGACAUCCAACAUGCUGGAGUGCCGGGGGAGGAACCUCGCUGCUCUGUGUGCCGGGAGGUGGAGCCAAACUCUGACAGCCAAUCAAACCAAAACAACCAGAUCCUCAUCUGUGGGAAGUGUGGCAUCGGGUUCCAUCAGCAGUGCCACGUUCCUCCUGUAGAGGGCAGCAGCGUCCUGAGUCCCUGGUUCUGCCGCCGCUGCGUCUUCGCUCUGGCUGUCAGGAAAGGGGGCGCUCUGAAGAAGGGUCCAAUCAGCAGAGCUCUGUCGGCCAUGAAGCAGGUGUUGCCGUAUCACCUGGACGCUCUGGACUGGGACUCUCAGCACCGGACCAAUCAGCAGCAGUGUUACUGCUACUGCGGAGGCCCUGGAGAGUGGUACCUGAAGAUGCUGCAGUGUUUCAGGUGUCAGCAGUGGUUCCAUGAAGCGUGCACUCAGUCUCUGCAGGAGUCCAUGAUGUUUGGAGACAGGUUCUACCUCUUCCUGUGCUCGGUGUGUAAUAAAGGGUCUGAGUAUGUCCGCCGGCUGUCCCUGAGGUGGGUCGAUGUGGUUCACCUGGUUCUCUACAACCUGUCCGUCAGCAGCAAGAAGAAAUACUUCGAGCUGGACGAGAUCCUGGCCUUCGUCUCCGCUAACUGGGACCAUCUGCAGCUCGGAAAGCUGUCUAACACGCCUCCAGCAGAGAGGGGGCAGCACCUGCUGGACGCUCUCAACAAAUACAAGAGCAAGUUUCUGUGUGGGAAGGAGAUAAAGAAGAGGAAGUGCAUCUUCCGUCUGAGGACUCGAGUCCCUCCAAACCCCCCCACCAAGCUCUUUCCUGAGCGCGCUCAGAACGAUGGAGGGCGGGGUCUGAAGAAGGGCGUGGCCAGGAACAGUGCUUCAGCAGAGAGGAGGAAGAGGAAGUCCAAGUGGCUGCUAGAAGAUGCGAUUCCUAACAACGAGCUGUCCUGCAGUUGGACGUCUAACCAUCACAUGGCGAACAUCUUUGACUUCACUCUGGACGAACUGCAGAGUCUGAAGAGUUCCAGUAGAACAGUCAGUAUUGAUCAGGACUCCACUGAUGCGUCGACUUCAGGUUCUGCUUCGACCAGCGCCUCCUAUCACUUCAGGAGGAGGGUGGGCAGCAGGAAGAGGAAGUUGCCUAGCAACAGCUACAGCCAGUGGGCCAAUCGCAGUGAGGCAGGGGAGGAGCCUACUGGGAUCCUGGAGGACCAAGAAUCAUCAGACGCUCAUCUGACAUCAGACCCCUCCCACUUCCUGUCAGACCCCUCCCAGCUCCCCUCUGACUCCUCCCACCUGCACUCCUCCAUCUCCUCGUAUUUCGGCGUGUCAGGCCGGCUGACCAAUGGGGAGAGGUACCAGGUGCUGGCUCGGCGAGUCACGGCUCAGGGGACGGUCCAGUACCUGCUGGAGUGGGAGGGGACAACGCCUUAUUAGGACGUCACAUGAUGUGAAGCUUUGAUUCUUCUUCCUCUGUCCUCACACAGCAUUGCCCAGUAAACCGGCCGCUGAUUGGUCCAGACGACCCCGUUACCCGACCCGUUACGUUUCCAUGACAACAGCUGUGUUCAUGUUGUCGUUUAAAUGUUUACAGCCGAACACGUUUUUAUUUUAUUUUAACUUCUCCUUCCUAAACAUGAAGCUGACACCAAAACUCAUCCACCGUGUUUCAACCUUUCCAGCUGUCAGUUGCCUAGCAACAUUUUUUUUUUCUUUUUAUUGCGUCAUUUAGUCCCAAACAUCACGCACUGAAUCUGACCUCACCAAUCUCCAACCUGUUAGUGCUGACAGGGAGGGGUGUCGCACCUGAGCCCCCCGCCGUCCCGCAGGCUAACCCGCGGGCCGUCCCGCAGGCUAACCCGUGGGCCGU